CUUGCGCUCACUCUGUAGAGAGAGAAGCUCUGGUAACGAAAUUCGAUCGUGGUGCACUUCCUCUCUCUUACUCUUGUCAAUAAAGAUUUCCACUCUUUCCCUCACUGCAACUCCCAUCUCUUUCCAUGCGGCGAUGGCCGCAACAACAGGAUCUCUUCUGAAUUCUCCUUCGCUUUUCCCGCCAUUUCCUGCACCGCAUAAUCCUCAUUUUUGCAAUUUUCUUCACAAUAACAGUACUUCACAGGCCCAAAUUGAGUUUGGCGCGUGUCUUUUGGUGAGAAAAAGCUUGGUUUGGGGUUUUAAUGGCACAUAUCCAGUGUAUGGGGGUUUCAGAAAGAGAAAAUCAGGGAUCGUGGCUUCUCUUGGUGGUUUGCUGGGUGGUAUUUUUAAGGGCAAUGACACUGGUGAGGCCACAAGGAAGCAGCAUUCUGCAACUGUGAGCUUGAUUAAUGGAUUAGAAACUUCUGUUUCUGAAUUAUCAGAUGCUCAAUUGAGAGAGAAAACGUUGGAGUUCAAAGAGCGAGUUUCAGGGGGAGAAUCAUUGGAUUCUGUUCUUCCUGAAGCAUUUGCGGUUGUAAGGGAAGCUUCAAAAAGAGUUUUGGGCCUUCGACCUUUUGAUGUUCAACUAAUAGGCGGCAUUGUUCUUCAUAAGGGUGAAAUUGCAGAAAUGAGGACUGGUGAAGGAAAGACACUUGUUGCAGUUUUACCUGCUUAUCUGAAUGCUUUGAGUGGGAAGGGAGUGCAUUGUGUCACUGUGAAUGAUUAUCUUGCUCGGCGUGACUGUGAGUGGGUGGGUCAAGUUCCACGAUUUCUUGGACUACAGGUCGGCCUAAUCCAACAAAAUAUGUCAAGCGAGCAAAGGAGAGAGAACUAUACAUGCGACAUUACUUAUGUUACAAAUAGUGAGCUUGGUUUUGAUUAUUUGAGGGAUAAUCUUGCCACGAGCGUCGAUGAGCUCGUAUUAAGGGGUUUUACUUAUUGUGUAAUUGAUGAGGUAGACUCUAUUCUUAUCGAUGAAGCCAGAACUCCUCUCAUCAUCUCAGGAUCUGCAGAAAAACCUAGUGAUAGGUAUUAUAAAGCAGCAAAGAUGGCAGCAGCUUUUGUGCGGGACAUACACUACACUGUCGAUGAGAAGCAGAAAACAGUGUUACUUACUGAACAAGGUUAUGAGGAUUCUGAAGAAAUUUUGGGUGUAAAAGAUCUAUAUGACCCUCGGGAGCAAUGGGCAUCAUAUGUAUUGAAUGCGAUUAAAGCAAAGGAACUCUUUUUGAGAGACGUAAACUACAUUGUUCGUGCAAAGGAUGUUCUCAUUGUAGACGAGUUUACUGGCCGUGUGAUGCAGGGUAGACGAUGGAGUGAUGGACUUCACCAAGCAGUUGAAGCUAAAGAAGGUUUGCCAAUUCAAAAUGAGACCAUUACGCUAGCUUCAAUCAGCUAUCAAAACUUUUUCCUUCAGUUCCCUAAACUUUGUGGUAUGACGGGCACUGCAGCCACUGAAAGCACAGAGUUCGAGAGUAUAUACAAACUGAAAGUCACGAUUGUGCCUACAAACAAGCCCAUGAUUAGAAAGGAUGAAUCUGAUGUAGUUUUUAGAGCAGCUACUGGUAAAUGGGCCGCUGUUGUUGUUGAGAUAUCCAGAAUGCAUAAGACAGGUCGCCCUGUACUUGUUGGCACAACCAGUGUUGAGCAAAGUGAUGCGUUAUCUGAGCAGUUGAAAGAAGCAGGAAUUCCUCAUGAGGUACUAAAUGCAAAACCAGAAAAUGUAGAGAGAGAAGCUGAAAUUGUAGGCCAAAGUGGUCGUCUUGGGGCUGUUACCAUUGCCACAAACAUGGCUGGUCGUGGAACAGAUAUCAUCCUAGGAGGUAAUGCAGAGUUUAUGGCAAGGUUAAAGCUACGAGAAAUUCUUAUGCCAAGAGUUGUUAAGCCCAAUGAUGGAGAGUACGUUUCUAUAAAGAAGGCACCUCCAAAGAAGACCUGGAAGGUGAACAAAAGUUUAUUCCCAUGUGAACUUUCUAAAGAAAAGAUUUCACUGGCUGAGGAUGCAGUGGCAUUAGCUGUGCAAACAUGGGGUAAAAGAUCACUGACUGAGCUUGAAGCAGAGGAGCGUCUUUCUUAUUCGUGCGAAAAGGGUCCAACCCACGAUACAGUGAUAUCAAAGUUGCGGAAUGCUUUCCAAGAAAUUGUUGAAGAAUUUAAGAUAUAUACUGAAGAAGAGCGGAAGAAGGUUGUAUUAGCUGGUGGACUUCAUGUGGUGGGAACAGAGCGCCAUGAAUCACGACGGAUCGACAAUCAGCUUCGUGGGCGAAGUGGAAGACAAGGGGAUCCUGGAAGCUCAAGGUUUUUCCUUAGUCUUGAAGAUAACAUAUUUCGAAUAUUUGGUGGUGACCGUAUUCAGGGUUUGAUGAGAGCUUUCAGGGUUGAGGACUUGCCAAUUGAGUCCAAAAUGCUGACAAAAGCUCUGGAUGAGGCUCAGAGAAAGGUGGAGAACUACUUUUUUGACAUCAGGAAGCAGCUAUUUGAAUAUGAUGAAGUCUUAAAUAGCCAAAGAGAUCGUGUAUAUACAGAGAGGAGGCGUGCCCUAGAAUCUGAUAAUCUGCAAUCCUUGCUUAUUGAAUAUGCUGAGUUGACUAUGGAUGACAUUUUAGAGGCAAAUAUUGGAGUUGAUGCUCCUAAAGAGAGUUGGGAUCUUGAGAAGCUAAUUGCAAAGCUUCAGCAGUAUUGCUACUUAUUAAAUGAUUUGACUUCUGAACUGCUGGAGAGUAAAUGUACAAAUUAUGCGAGCCUGCAGGAAUACCUCCACUACCGUGGACGUGAAGCAUAUUUGCAGAAACGGGAUUUGGUUGAGAAGAAAGCACCAGGGUUGAUGAAGGAAGCCGAGAAGUUCUUGGUGCUUAGCAACAUAGAUAGGCUGUGGAAGGAGCACUUGCAAGCCCUCAAAUUUGUGCAGCAGGCUGUUGGGUUGCGUGGAUAUGCACAACGAGACCCGCUUAUCGAGUACAAGCUAGAAGGCUAUAAUCUCUUCUUGGAUAUGAUGGCACAAAUAAGAAGGAAUGUUAUAUAUGCUGUGUACCAGUUCCAACCAGUGAUGGUCAAGGAGAACCGCAACAACGAAAAUUCUGAGCAAGGCAAGCCAAGCAAUGGUAGAGAUGGUAAGGAGAAAUCAGGCCAAAAAGUGCGUGAAAGAAGGGGAAAUGAUAAUGAUCUUGACACUGUUAGCACUGCAAAGGCCUCCUCCGCCUAACAAGGGAGACUGAAUCUGUACUCAUGUAUUAUAAGAUUUUGGGGCUUGCCUUUGUUUUGUAUGAUUGGAAAGGGUGUAAACGUGUUGUAUCAUAUGAUUUUGAGCAUGCUUCAAUUGUGCAUAAAUUAGAAAAUGGGAAAAAAGUUUAAAUAUCUAGGGCACAUUUAGCAAUGUACAAAUACUUGCAAAAGUAUCUUCACAUGAAAAA